UAAAAUAAAAAGGCUAUUAAUCGGAUCAAUCGGGAUCCCGGUCGUUGCCCGAAACGCGCUCCUGACUCUCUCUCUCUCUCUCUAGAUUUUGAUAUUCCGAUCAAAUUAAUUCCUGUAAAUCAUAGAGUUAAAAAUUCCUUGAUUUCUCUCUCCGUGGCUUUCAGCACUCCACCUGCGGCGAUCUACUGCAGUUUACCUCCUCGCCAUCUGCAAUGCGUCAUUAUUUUCUGGUUGCAGAUUACGUGGAUAAAAUUUGGUUUCUGUUCAAUCACUUUUCCUGAACUUUAUGUGAAUGAACUGGAGAAUGUCCUCUAAUUCUGGCUGUGGUUGGGGAUCGAACCUUGGAGAAUGAGAACUGCUAAUGUGUUGAAAGCCUGAUAUAUGCCACAUUGAAGUAUUACCAAAAUGAGGCACAAACAACAGCUGGUUCCACUUGGGACUCUGAUUGGUCGCGAGUUGAGAAAUGACAAGUUGGAGAAUCCGGCAGUGAAGUAUGGUCAGGCUGCUCUGGCUAAGAAAGGAGAGGACUAUUUUCUCAUUAAGCUUGAUUGCCAAAGAGUUCCGGGAGAUACAUCAACUUCUUUUUCAGUAUUUGCAAUUUUUGAUGGGCAUAACGGAAUAUCAGCUGCUAUUUUCACCAAAGAAAAUUUACUGAACAAUGUAUUAUGCGCUAUUCCCCCAGCAAUUGGGAGGGAAGAGUGGCUUCAAGCCCUUCCCAGGGCAUUAGUGGCAGGCUUUGUGAAAACUGACAUAGAGUUUCAGCAGCGAGGUGAGACAUCUGGAACUACUGUGACAUUUGUCGUUAUUGAUGGUUGGACUGUGACUGUUGCAUCUGUUGGAGAUUCUCGGUGCAUAUUGGACACUCAAGGAGGGGUCGUAUCUCUUUUGACGGUUGACCAUCGACUAGAAGAGAAUGUUGAGGAACGGGAGCGUAUAACUGCAAGUGGGGCUGCUGUAGCAAGGCUCAAUAUUUUUGGAGGAAAUGAGGUUGGUCCAUUACGUUGCUGGCCUGGCGGAUUAUGUCUUUCAAGGUCAAUUGGUGAUACAGACGUUGGGGAGUUUAUCAUCCCAAUUCCUCAUGUUAAGCAAGUCAAGCUUUCAAAUGCUGGAGGGAGACUUAUAAUUGCCUCUGAUGGAAUAUGGGAUGCUUUGUCUUCUGAUAUUGCUGCUCAGUCUUGCCGGGGUUUACCGGCAGAGCUUGCUGCAAAGUUGGUUGUUAAGGAAGCCCUCAGGUCAAGAGGUUUGAAGGAUGAUACAACCUGCUUGGUUGUUGAUAUUAUUCCUUUCGACCCCCCUGUCUUGGCCCUACCGCCUAAAAAGAAGCAAAAUUUGCUUUAUUCACUUAUAUUUGGGAAAAAAUUUCAAAAUUCUAGUAAAGGAGCUAAUAAGCUAUCUGCAGUUGGAGUUGUUGAGGAAUUAUUUGAGGAGGGUUCUGCAAUGCUUGCUGAUAGGCUGGGCAAGGACUUUCCUCUGGAGUCGAACACUGGGCUCUUUAGAUGUGCAAUCUGCCAGGUUGAUCAGCUCCCCAGUGAGGGCUUAUCCGUUAAUUCAGGCCCAUUUUUCUCACCUGGAUCCAAGCCUUGGGAAGGUCCCUUUCUCUGUGUAAGUUGCCGCAGGAAGAAAGAUGCCAUGGAAGGGAAGAGGCCUACAUCGCCUGCCGUGACUGCAUAAAUCUGGUAACCUAGCAAAUUAUUCGUAAUAUCUUUCAGUGAUACUGUUAACGUGCUCCAUUUUCCCUCUGGGAGGAUCAUUACGUGUGUGUGUGUGUGUGUAAGAAGUGAUCUAGUGGUUUCGUCCAUUAUAGGGAGCACUCCUUUUUUUUUGCUGCGGUUCCUAUCUGUGUCUGAGCUCGGCUAUCUCACUGAUGCUCGACCCUACUGACACAGUAAUUCAUUAGUAUGUAACAACUACCAGUUCUGAGUAUGUAAGAGAAAUGAUGUUUGCAAACGGAAAUUAUUCAUUGGAUA